AAGUAAUCAUGUGAUACCUCUUCAAGUGGUCAUGUGACCCAACAAGCUCCAGCGUGGAAAGUACAGCAUUGCACAAGCAGAGCAGGAGGAAGAGAUACUAUGGGAGACUUAGAAGUGCUCCUGCUACGUAAGGAAGUCUGCAUCCAUUUGAAGACUCCUUGUCAUAGCUGUGGUUGUCCUAGACAUGGGCAGCCUGGUGAGCAGGGUUCAAGGCUUCUGUGGAAGGAGGACUAUACAACAAGCAUUAGUUGUAAUGAUCGGAAUGGAUGGAGGAGGGAAGACUACGAUUCUCUACAGACUGAAGUUGAAUGAAGUGGUGCAAACAAUACCAACAAUUGGAUAUAAUGCGGAGUCGUUGAACAUUGUAGAUGACAUGCCACUCUUGGUAUGGGAUGUUGGCCUGGGAGCGAAGGGUUGGCCUUUGUUGAGACAUUAUUUAUCCGGUUGUAAUGGCUUUGUGUUUGUGGUGGACAGUACAGACACUGAGAGAUUCCAGGAAGCCAAGGAAAACCUGUUUAUGGUAUUAAACUUUACAGAAAUUGUGGACAUACCAUUCAUUGUACUGGCCAACAAGCAGGAUCUGGAGGGCGCUUGUUCCCCUUCCGAAGUGGCACAACGUCUUGAUCUGGAGAGGAUUCAAUAUAAUAAGUGGGCCGUAUUUGGCUGCAGUGGGCUUACUGGAGAAGGGGUUAAAGAGGCUCUAGAGAAAUUGUGCACAAUGAUAAAGGAGCACAGGUCACUAUAAGAAAAGGAACACAAUGGUGAUGCCUUUCCAACUUGGAAAUGGUCAAAAUACGCAUUGCUGAGGGGCGGGAAAUAGAAGUGUGAUACAAUCCGCCACCUUACACUGCAACUGGAACUUAAUGCAAUCUCACUUUGUGAAAAAAAAAAAAAAAAGUAUCCUACCACACAUCAGUGGUUGUGCUAGCACAGUCCUUACUAAAAGUAAAUAUCUUUCUUCCUUUCAUGUA